CUGAAUAUUUGUUUUGCCUUUAUGUCUUACCAUUCCCCUGAAGAACAGAAGAAGGCACAUUGUAAAACUGGACACUUCCCCUUGCAUUCUGAGCAAAAUGGAUAUACCAAAUGCCCCAACUUCCAAAUGUAUCACUUAUUGGAAAAGAAAGGUUAAAUCUGAAUACAUGAGACUUCGACAACUUAAACGGCUUCAGGCAAAUAUGGGUGCAAAGGCUCUAUAUGUAGCAAAUUUUGCAAAGGUUCAAGAAAAAACCCAAAUCCUUAAUGAAGAAUGGAAGAAGCUUCGUGUUCAACCUGUUCAGUUGAUGAAGCCUCUGAGUGGGCAUCCUUUUCUCAAAAAGUGUACCAUUGACAGCAUUUUCCCGGGAUUUGCAAGCCAACAUAUGUUAAUGCGGUCUCUGAACACAGUUGCAUUGGUUCCCAUUAUGUAUUCCUGGUCCCCUCUCCAGCAGAACUUUAUGGUAGAAGAUGAGACAGUUUUGUGCAAUAUUCCCUACAUGGGAGAUGAGGUGAAAGAAGAAGAUGAGACGUUCAUUGAAGAGCUGAUCAAUAACUACGAUGGGAAAGUACACGGUGAAGAAGAGAUGAUUCCUGGAUCUGUCCUGAUUAGUGAUGCUGUUUUCCUGGAGUUGGUAGAUGCCCUGAAUCAAUACUCAGAUGAGGAGGAGGAAGGGCACAAUGACACCUCAGAUGGAAAGCAAGAUGACAGCAAAGAAGAUCUGCCAGUAACAAGAAAGAGAAAACGACAUGCUAUUGAAGGCAACAAAAAGAGUUCCAAGAAACAGUUUCCAAAUGACAUGAUCUUCAGUGCAAUCGCCUCAAUGUUCCCUGAGAAUGGUGUCCCAGAUGACAUGAAGGAGAGGUACCGAGAACUAACAGAGAUGUCAGACCCCAAUGCACUUCCCCCUCAGUGCACACCCAACAUCGAUGGCCCCAAUGCCAAGUCUGUGCAGCGGGAGCAAUCUCUGCACUCCUUCCACACACUUUUUUGCCGGCGCUGCUUUAAAUACGACUGCUUCCUUCACCCUUUUCAUGCUACCCCUAAUGUAUAUAAACGCAAGAACAAAGAAAUCAAGAUUGAACCAGAACCAUGUGGCACAGACUGCUUCCUUUUGCUGGAAGGAGCAAAGGAGUACGCCAUGCUCCACAACCCCCGUUCCAAGUGCUCUGGUCGGCGCCGGCGAAGGCACCACAUGGUCAGUGCUUCCUGCUCCAACACUUCAGCCUCUGCUCUGGCUGAGACUAAAGAAGGGGACAGUGACAGGGACACAGGCAAUGACUGGGCCUCCAGUUCUUCAGAGGCUAACUCUCGCUGUCAGACCCCCACAAAACAGAAGGCUAGUCCAGCCCCGCCUCAGCUCUGUGUAGUGGAAGCACCCUCGGAGCCUGUGGAAUGGACUGGGGCUGAAGAAUCUCUUUUCCGAGUCUUUCAUGGCACCUACUUCAACAACUUCUGUUCAAUAGCGAGGCUUCUGGGGACUAAGACGUGCAAGCAGGUCUUUCAGUUUGCAGUCAAAGAAUCACUUAUCCUGAAGCUGCCAACAGAUGAGCUCAUGAACCCUUCUCAGAAGAAGAAAAGAAAGCACAGGUUGUGGGCUGCACACUGCAGGAAAAUUCAGCUGAAGAAAGAUAACUCUUCCACACAAGUGUACAACUACCAACCCUGCGACCACCCAGACCGCCCCUGCGACAGCACCUGCCCCUGCAUCAUGACUCAGAAUUUCUGUGAGAAGUUCUGCCAGUGCAACCCAGACUGUCAGAAUCGCUUCCCUGGCUGUCGCUGUAAGACCCAGUGCAAUACCAAGCAGUGCCCUUGCUACCUGGCAGUGAGAGAGUGUGACCCCGACCUGUGUCUCACCUGUGGGGCCUCAGAGCACUGGGACUGCAAAGUGGUUUCCUGUAAAAACUGCAGCAUCCAGCGAGGACUCAAGAAGCACCUGCUGCUGGCCCCCUCAGAUGUGGCCGGAUGGGGCACCUUCAUUAAGGAGUCUGUGCAGAAGAACGAGUUCAUUUCUGAAUACUGUGGUGAGCUCAUCUCUCAGGACGAGGCUGAUCGACGAGGGAAGGUCUAUGACAAAUACAUGUCCAGCUUCCUCUUCAACCUCAACAAUGAUUUUGUAGUGGAUGCAACCCGGAAAGGAAACAAAAUUCGAUUUGCAAACCAUUCAGUGAACCCCAACUGUUACGCCAAAGUGGUCAUGGUGAAUGGGGACCAUCGGAUUGGGAUAUUUGCCAAGAGGGCAAUUCAAGCUGGCGAAGAGCUCUUCUUUGAUUACAGGUACAGCCAAGCUGAUGCCCUCAAGUACGUGGGGAUCGAGAGGGAGACUGAUGUCCUUUAGCCCUCCUGGGCUCCAUGCCAGCGCUUAUGGUAGCAGCACUGUCUUUGCUUUCGUGCACACACCACUGCUGCUCAAGUUUCCUGCACUAUGUGUUUCUCACACCAAGAAACCCCCACCCACUCCUCUGUAGUGUGGCCUCAGCUGUGUCCAGUGAGACAAAACUGUCUCAGUGAGAGGGGAGGCAGAGGCAGCUAGGGCUUGGGCUCCCAGGAGAGAGAGGUGCAGAAGUCAGUGUUGCAUCUCAGGUCUCAGAGGAAGUGAGCACAGGUGAGGGUGGGUGAUGUAUGCGUGAUUUCUUGUCACCCAGGCAGUGGGCCUCAGGAAUCAACUUGGACGGUUCCCACAAGCAUUAGCCGUUAAUUAUAACUUUCCAAAUCAAGGGUCCUUAUGUAAUUGGGUUGCCAGCAUAUCUCUCUGUGGUCCUAAGACCUGGAGAAGACAGGCUAAGUGACAUUUAGGACCUGGAGCUUCUGAGUGAUCUGGGUUAAAGGUGAGUCUGGCAGGCAGCAGAGACUGAAUUCAGAGUGGAGGUGGGUCACCUUACUACCUUUUCCUUCCUGGCAGGGUCCAACCUGAGAGUGGGUUCUAAGUCUAGACAUUCAAUGCUGGGAGAAGGAAAGCUAAAGGCCCUCCUUCCAGGGACAGUGAGAACCAGCCUGACAAUAGCAAUUAAACUGUUAAGCUUGAGGCCCAGCAGGCUUUGAGAAACCUCUGAAUAUUCUGGAGAUGGAAACGUUUUCCGAUGCCCUGGAGCAAGGGCCAGUGCCCUGUUAGCUCCUUCCUAAGUUCUAGCAUAGCAACUCCAGGCAGGCAUUCUGCUGCUAUUGAAGAAGCGUGGAGGGGUAUGCAGGCCGGGUGUGAGUACUCUGGCUCCUGGAUCCGUAGUUGUUUUCAGGCCUUUCAUUCCCCUUAGAGGCCAAGCCCAUGGAGCCACUGUCAUUUAUCUCUUCCAUGUAGAUGGGCACAGGCCUGGACUAAGGGAGAUUGUCGGUGUGAUUGACUUUCCUGUCUGUAGCUCCUGCUGUUGGGAAGGGUGAGUUGACAGUAUGUUUGUGGAGGUGGGUCAGGGACUCCCAAAUUGCACGUGUUUAGGAUGGCAUCAUGUGGGCCCUGCAGGCUGGCAGAGGGUAUUUGAAGUGUCGAGAAGACCACCUGUGCCAGUCUGUGUGCCAUUUUCUCUGGGAUUUAUGCAGAGCAAAGCACUUUAUUUCUUUUAGAAGAUCUGUAGAUUGGGGUAGAGUUUAAGCUAAGGUCUCGAGUUCCUUGCCCAAAUCCCUUUCCUGAGGUGGGGGGAGAAGAGGGGUGGAGGAUUCUCUGCCAGUUCUGUCUCAUCACCUGGUGGAGGUAGGAGGAGCUGUCUUGACACAGAAGAAUUUAAUGAGAAAGGGCCGGCUCUAAGAGUCUGGCUGUGUGCUGAGCUGGCAGGGAAUAAGGAGCAUUGUGCUGGAUAAAAAGGACAUGGGCAGGUACAGACUGGCCUCGGGAGUAUUAGAAUAGGGAGCAGGCUUCUCCCUUCCCUCUGGGGAAUCAGCCCUCUCUCCCAGUCUGUGCUGACCACUCCCUUCCUCCAACCCCACUGGCUGUCCCAUGAAGCAAGGGAUAGGAUUCCCUCUGGCCAAGCAGCCGCCCAGGGGUUUUUGUGGGACAUUUACACACACACACACACACACACUCACACACACUCACACACACACACACUCACACACUCACUCACCUACUCUCACCACACUUGUGGGCACAUGCAGGCAGCAGGGCAUAUGCCCAGCCAGCGCCUGACAGAAGCCUCUUCCCACCUGAGUGGGCCAGCCCCCACCACAAUUCUGAAAUGUCUAUCUGCUGUGGUUUGUAAUCAUUGUGUAUCGGGGGCACCUUCUAGCUGGACUGUGGGCUCUGAAUUACUCAUAAAUUAUAGGGGAAACCAUAGACAGAUGAAGAAGGAGGAGUUACGUCUGCCUGAAAUGCCAGGGGCUGGCCGUGAGGAACAGGUGGGAAAAAAUUACAUCGAGCCUUUGAGAGGCUAGACUGACCCCACCCUUGCCUCAGUGUACAGAAUCACUGUGGCCAACCCCUUCUUUCCCCAGUUUCAGACCACUAAUACUCCUGCUCCUCCAGCAUUCCCAUCCUUUUUCCCUGCUGUCCUCAACCUUUAAUGACGGGUGUCAACCCCUCCCCCCAGACAUGUAAUGAUGAAUGGAGCAAGGUGGUGGGGGGAGGGCCGGGGAGGCUGGUAUAUGUGCGGCUUCAUUGCCAGUGAAUUUCACGCACUUUAAGUCCUGUGGCUUGUGAUCUCUUAUCUGAAUAAAUGGCAGAAACCAUUUUGGCAAA